AUGACAAUUGCUAAUAAAUUAGUUGAUAACUAUUAUGUGCCUCAGUUCAAUAACCAAAUCACCAUAAAAUCAAAGAUAUCAAAUAUCUUGAUUAUUACAAAGAUUUAUGAUCUCGAGCCAAUUCUAGACACCAAAACUUUAGUCAAAUAUCUCCUACUGCUUAAAGAAUACGGAAUCAAUAUUUAUAUUCAAGAUAAGCUAAAGAUGAUUAAGGAGUUUGGAUAUAAUGAGAUUUUAGAAUAUAAGGAAACACUAAAGUCUAAAUCAGGUCUAAAGUUUUGGAAUUCCGAAUCAUUUACUUUCAAGCCAGACUUGUUUGACUUAGUUAUUACAAUGGGUGGUGAUGGUACUGUUUUGUUUGCCAGCUUAUUGUUUCAAUCUUACAUGCCACCAGUCUUAAGUUUUGGGCUAGGCUCUUUAGGAUUUUUAACAGAUUAUCAGUUUGAAAACCAUCAAGAAAUUCUAGGAAAUAUGAUAAAGAAUGGAUUUCAUUGUUCUGUUAGAAGACGAUUUCAAUGUACCGUCAUGAGAUCUGAUCAAAGCAGAAUCAAAAAUGAAAAUGAAAAUGAAAAUAUAAACGCAAAUAAAAACGCAAAUAAAAACGACAAAACAUUAGCAAAUGGAAAGCAAGCGAUGAUAUCCCUCGCUAACAUCAGAGAUUUGUCUGAAGAAAUUGCAAGGAAUAGCAAUAAUACAGAUUAUAUUGAGGAUUCUUAUAACUUUCAUGAAACUCACAAAGUCUUGGAAACAUACAUCAUCUUCAAUGAUAUUGUAUUUGAUAGAGGUCCAAAUUCGACUAUGACUUCAAUAGAUUUAUAUGGUGAUUUUGAACCAUUAACAACAAUUGAAGCUGAUGGCUGUGUCAUUGCUACACCAUCAGGAUCUACUGCUUAUUCGCUAUCUGCUGGAGGGUCAUUAGUUCAUCCAGAGAUCCCAGGGGUUUUAAUUUCACCAAUUUGUCCUCAUACUUUGUCACUCAGACCAUUAAUUAUCCCCGAAACCAUAACUUUGAGAGUUGGAGUCCCAUAUAACUCAAGAAGUACGGUUUGGUGUUCCUUUGAUGGGAAAAAUCGAAUUGAAUUGAAAAAUGGGGAUUUUGUUACCAUUACUCCAAGUAGAUACCCUUUAAGUUUUGUGAAGAACAAUACUUCAAAGUUAUUAUGGUUUAAAAGAUUAAGUGAUACAUUGAAUUGGAAUGAAAGAAAAAAACAAAAGCCAAUGACCAAAAUUGCAAUUGAUAAUGAUAAUAAUGAUGAUAAUAAUGAUGAUAAUGAUGAUGACAAUGAUAAUGACAAUGAUAAUGACAAUGCUAAUGAUAAUGAUAGCGACAAUGGUUUUUUAAGUUUUUUUUUAGGUAAUGGUUUUGGAUUUCUUUUAUUUGGUAAUUUUACAAAUUUGAAGUGGGACUAUAAAAACGUCAACGAUCGCUAUUAG